AUGUCAAAGGUUGCUAAGGUUGAUCAAAGAGUUAAGGAAUAUCUGGAGGAUGCUGGGUCUGAAAAAUGGUCUCGAUGUCACUCGCCUGUUAAGUCAGCAGGUAGUUAUCUUUAUUGUGUAUAUGAAUUGGGACAGCGGUACAUUAUCGAUAUUGAGCGUGGCACGUGCAAUUAUGGUCGGUAUCAAAUUGAUAAAAUACCGUGUCCACACGAAAUUACCGUAUUGAAAAGUAAAAAUAUGGAUGUAAAGGAUUAUGGUCGUUAUUGCUCUGAAUUGAACAGGCCAAACACCAUAGUCAAGACAUAUGAACUCCCGAUAGUUUCAAUGUCAGAAAAAAAGGAUUGCAAUGUUCCAGGUUUUGUUGAUGAUGAAGAAGUUUUGCCGCCCAAAUAUAGAAGACCGCCUAGUAGACCAAAAAAAGGAAGAUAUUUGAAAUCAAGUGAAUCACCGUCUUCAAGGUUGAACCAUUGUGGUAAAUGCAGACGAGCCGAUCACAAUCGGAGGACGUGCAAUUUCUUUCCAAUGAAAUCAUGA